AUGUCUAGAGCUUUUUCGACCGCUCGUCAAAGUCUCGCGAAAUGGCUGGGGUACAAUAAAGAGCUACUGCCUAGUGACUUCAGGAAUGCCGCUGAGCGUUACUCCGAGAACGGUGCUGUGAAGAAAGUCGGCAAGAUCGAGUCCAUUGAGAUCUUGCAUCGCAACGACGGCAGCAGCCCUGUACACCAGUCUCACUUCAAUCGAAACGACAAGGCGCUGGUUAUCAGUGCCCGCAUUACACCGGCUGACGGUAGUCGACCUCGAACCCACCACAUCUAUGCAGAUGGUACUGGCACUAUCAAGAAAGGCGACAAGCGCGAGUAUUCGACGUCUUCCGGUCACAGAGCUUAA